AUGGAAGUUGCACCGGCCUUGUCUACUACUCAGUCGGACAUCGUGUUUGAAAAGGUGGAAACACGUGAAAUUGACAGGUCUUCGUAUUUGGGCCCAUGCUACAAUGGCGAUGAGCUUGUGCAACUCAUCUCGACCUACUAUAAUGUUGAUGCUCUCGUGGAGUACCUGCAACAGCACCACGAGUACCAAAGCGUUACUCUGCAGUUUCCUGAUCAUCUAAUCAAGGACUCCUCGCUGAUAAUAAGGCUGCUGCAAUCGAGAUUUCCCCAUGGGACGAUAAAGUUUUGGGUUUUAGCUGACACGGCAUAUAGUGCGUGCUGUGUAGACGAGGUUGCUGCUGAACACGUUAACGCGGGCCUCGUGGUUCAUUUCGGUGAUGCCUGUUUGAAUGCCAUCCAAAACUUGCCCGUUGUUUACUCGUUUGGAACUCCAUUUUUGGAUUUAGCAUUGGUAGUAGAGAACUUCCAGAGGGCAUUCCCCGAUUUGUCCUUGAAAAUCUGUUUGAUGGCAAACGCUCCCUUUUCUAAGCACUUAUCACAGUUGUACAGUAUUUUGAAGAGCGACCUGCACUACACAAAUAUCAUAUAUUCCCAAGUAAAGACCUCUGUGGUGGAAGAGGACUUCGUAACGAUACUUGAUACCUUUCAUGUCCCCGAAGAUGUAGACCAGGUAGGUACGUUUGGAAAUAAUAGCAUACUGUUCGGUCAGCAUGACAAAGCCGAGGACAUCCUGCCCGAGGAGUAUCAUCUCUUUCAUUUGACUACCCCCCAGGAUCCAAGAUUACUGUAUUUGUCCACUAUGUUUCAAUCUGUUCAAAUUUUCGAUCCGGCUUUGCCUGGCAUUGUGACGGGACCCUUUCCCUCUCUAAUGAGGCGAUACAAGUACAUGCAUGUGGCCAGAACAGCGGGUUGUAUAGGUAUCCUGGUCAACACACUGUCGCUACGCAAUACCAGAGAAACCAUCAACGGGCUGGUCAAACUUAUCAAAGCUCGUGAGAAGAAACACUACUUGUUUGUUGUCGGGAAGCCAAACGUAGCCAAGCUAGCAAACUUUGAAGACAUUGAUAUUUGGUGCAUUCUCGGCUGUAGUCAAAGCGGUAUUAUUGUUGAUCAAUUCAACGAGUUUUACAAGCCCAUCAUUACGCCUUAUGAAUUAAACUUGGCUUUGAGCGAAGAGGUCACAUGGACCGGGAAAUGGGUCGUAGACUUUAAAGACGCCAUUGAUGAAAUCGAGCAGAACUUGGGUGGAGACGAUACCGUCUCUGCCAGCACCGCUACCGAUGAGCCGGAGUUUGAUGUUGUUAGGGGAAGAUAUACUAGCACAUCAAGACCACUGCGAGCGCUAACGCACCUUGAGUUGGAGGCAGCGGAUGAUGACGAUUCCAAACAACUAACUACAAGACACACUGCCUCAGGUGCCGUCAUUAAAGGCACAGUAUCUACAUCAGCAGCAGCAUUACAAAAUCGUUCGUGGAAAGGUCUAGGAAGCGACUUCGACUCUAUUGAGGUUGAUGAUACUGGCGCGGAUAUUGAAGAAGGUAUUUCCGGAGUCGCGCGUGGUUAUGGGUUCGAUCGCAAGGACGCUAUAGACAAGGAGGACAAGUAA